AUGCAAAUCCAGUGGAAUUAUUGGAACGGUAUCCCAGCAAAAUUACUAAGAGACGCUGCAUCAGAAAUAUCUGUUUCCCUGACUGGUCUUAUUAAUCUAUCAUUAUUUCUUGGGAACAUCCCAGAUGAAUGGAAAGUAGCGAAGGUGAUACCUAUUUACAAGUCCGGAGCGCAUGAUAAUCCGGAGAAUUAUCGACCUAUUUCCAUCCUUCCAGUCCUUUCAAAGAUCUUGGAAAGGGAAGUGCACACUCAGCUCUAUAGAGAUAUUGAUAUCAAUAAC